GCUGGGAGGGUGACGUAAUUGCUGCCUUUCCACGCAGAAGUGCGCCCCCGGCUGCCCUGAGCCCCUAGAUGAGGGCGCGACGGCUGGGCGCUGGGCACGCGCCCUUCGCGCGUGGACUCUGUCCUCAGCUUCUACCUUCCCUUUCCAGCGCCAGCUUGCAGUGAAUGCAUUGGCCCCUGUACCAGUGAAGCCUCACCAAGCGCCCCUUCCAAGCCGAGGCUGCCCUGUCCGGCGCCGGCGGGCACCGCGGGCCCCUCCCGGCCGCCGCGCGGGGCUCUGGGCAGCGCGGGGCUCAGCGCCCCUGCCACUGGCGGGGCUGCGCGAGGAUAGCCACCUCUGUUGAAAAUGCUUAGGCACUUUUUUCCCCGCUCCACUGAAACCCCGAAGUACAGCCCAUUUUGAACCAGAAUAAUUUGGUCUGACAACAGAUUCUUCCUCUGUUCACAGCUGUCCCAGAGGGAGGAGCUGAAAUCUGAACCUCUCGGCCGUGAUUGGAUCCCUCCUGCAAAAGAGAGGAAAAAAACCCUCCCGGCCUGACCCGGCUCAGUUUGCUAGGAGCCGGGGACUCCGCGGCGCCGUCCGAGCCUCCGCACCUGCGCCGCCCGCGCGCCCGCCCGGCGCGGCCCUGCCCGCCGCCCGCCCGCCGGGCCCGGCCCGGCCCUGCCCGCCGCCCGCCGGCCGCGAUGCUUUAGGGCCGCCGCCCGCCCGCCGGACCGUUAUCCGCGCCGCCGCCGCCCGCAAGAUGCCGCGCUCCUUCCUGGUCAAGAAGCAUUUCAACGCCUCCAAAAAGCCAAACUACAGCGAACUGGACACACACACAGUGAUCAUUUCCCCAUAUCUCUAUGAGAGUUACCCCAUGCCUGUCAUUCCACAACCAGAGGUCCUCAGCUCGGGAGCAUACAGCCCCAUUACCGUAUGGACUACAGCCGCUCCAUUCCACUCCCCACUGCCCAGCGGCCUCUCUCCUCUUUCUGGAUACCCCUCAUCCUUGGGGAGAGUGAGUCCCCCUCCUCCAUCUGACACCUCAUCCAAGGACCACAGCGGCUCAGAAAGCCCCAUUAGUGACGAAGAGGAAAGACUACAAUCCAAGCUUUCAGACCCCCAUGCCAUUGAAGCUGAAAAGUUUCAGUGCAAUUUAUGCAAUAAAACCUAUUCAACUUUUUCUGGGCUGGCCAAACAUAAGCAGCUGCACUGUGACGCCCAGUCUAGGAAAUCAUUCAGCUGUAAAUACUGUGACAAGGAGUAUGUGAGCCUGGGUGCCCUAAAGAUGCACAUUCGGACCCACACCUUACCUUGUGUCUGCAAGAUCUGUGGCAAGGCGUUUUCCAGACCCUGGUUACUUCAAGGGCACAUUAGAACUCACACUGGGGAGAAGCCUUUUUCCUGCCCUCACUGCAACAGAGCAUUUGCAGACAGGUCCAAUCUGAGGGCUCAUCUGCAGACCCACUCUGAUGUAAAGAAAUACCAGUGCAAAAACUGCUCCAAAACCUUCUCCAGAAUGUCACUUCUGCACAAACAUGAGGAAUCUGGCUGCUGUGUAGCACACUGAGUUACGCAACCAAUGUUUACUCGAACAGAAUGCAUUUCUUCACUCCAACUCCAAAUGACAAAUAAAAGUCCAAAGGCA